AUGGCGCUCGAGGACGCUGGAGAUUUGGUUCUCCACAUCAUAUUAUCCAAAAUCGGUCCUGAGAGCACGGCGAGAGUGGCUUGUGUCAGCAAACGCCUUAAGGGCUCCGCCUCCGAGGAAUCCCUCUGGUCGAUUUUCUGUUCUAUUGAUCUUAACAUCUCUACUCCUCUCGAUCCGAAUGGCGACCCUGCUCCUUCCUUCAAGACAGCAUAUCAGCUAUGGAGGGAGUCCUUUAGAAUGUAUCCUUGGAGCCUCGUUAAACGAGUGAGACGUUGUUGGGACAACCUCAAACUAUGGCUCAGCUUAAACUUCCCUGAAUCGAAGGCAACGCUGAGAAAAGGUGCCACAGAGGACGAUCUUGAAGAAUUCGAGGCUGCUCUCGGAGUGAAACUUCCUCUUCCAACAAGGCUCCUCUACCGUUUCGUCGAUGGCCAAGAGCCUUCUUCCUCCAGUGGGUUUGUUGGGUCUCUGGGGGUUAUAGGUGGCUAUUCUAUCUACUCUCACGCAGUCAAUGUCUACUUGCUGCCUCUUAAGGAAGUGAUAAACGUGACAAACGACACCUUGCGCAAACUCGGUAACGCGAGCAGGUUGAACCUUGUCGUUGUGGCUCUAUCCGCAUUGACAAGUCUGAAACUGUUUUUCCUGGACUGCACAAGCGGGCAGCUCUAUACUGGGACAUCGACGGGCCAAAUGCUUCCUUGUGUACCCGAAUCUUUGGUUAGAUCGGUUCAUGAUAUCAACGGCGGCGACGAGCAACAGGACGCCAUGCUGCUUUGGUUGGAAGAGCAUGGCAGGCGGUUACAAAGCGGCACUUUAAAAGUCCGUGAAGAGGGAAACGUUAAAGGUAUCAGCUUGUUCCCGGAGCUUCCUCCCUCGUGCUCUGUCGCUGUGACCAAUGGUGUGCAGGUUCGUGCUUCGGCUGUGUUUGCCCCGGAAAUAUCUAAUCUCCGGCAGCGGCCGCCGGAUUACUGGUAUGCAUAUUCCAUCCGCAUGUCUCUCGCGCCAGAAGGAUGCUUCUUGAAUGGGACACACCAUAGCUCUUGCCAGCUGUAUUGGAGGCAUUGGGUUAUCCGAGCUGAUGGUGCGGUGAUAGAUAAUGUUAAUGGAGAAGCUGUGAUAGGACAGUACCCGCUCUUAAAGUCCGGUGAGGAAGAGUUUGUGUACCAGAGUUGUUCAGGUUCUCCAACAACUAGUGGAUCCAUUGAGGGAUCUUUCACCUUUGUACCUGGAAGUUUGAAAGUUCCAAAAGGGAGUGAAUUCGAAGUGAAAGUCGCAGAGUUCCCUCUCAAGUUACCGGACUACAUCUUCUAA